AUAAGAUGGAAAAAAUGGAAAAUGGAGUUGAAAUUCGUGAAAUAAAAAGUUGAAAUAAACUAGAAAGUAUUCAAUUAUUUGACUUUCUUCCCUUGUAACGGGGAAAAUGUCCACUACGUUGACAGUUUUUGCCUGCAUUGAGAAUGUUGAAAGGGUAAUUUCGUGUUUAUAUCAAGCGAAUAAUGAGGAUGAUCCGCCCGGGCCUGGGGUACAGUCAGAUGCCACAAGUGGAGAUGAAGAAUGGUCUUGGGAGAGUGAGAUUAAUGAUAUCAUGUCAGAAGAAGAUGAAAAGCAAAUUGAAGAAAAAGAUAUUCAAACCAAUUGGUUACAAGAUUGCUGUAUUGGUGUUUCACCAUGUGAAGACCUUAUUGCCAUUGGUCGGGAAGACAGAAUGGUUAUUUUGACAGCCAAAUGGGACAGACAAGCAACUUCAGAACCAAAAACAAAAUUUCAGAUAUCUUGGACUGGUCAGCUAGCAUUGGAAGAGGGGGAAUGUGUUUCAAGCUUGCUCUGCUUACCUCUAGCAUCACAGCAUAAAAGUUCUCAAGGAUUUCCAGACUGGACCUGUAUUGUGGCUGGUUUUACUUCCGGAUAUAUUCGAUUUUAUUUAGAGGAUGGCUCUCUACUGCUGCAUCAGUUACUACACGAAGAUCCAGUUAUAAAACUGAAAUGUCAAACAUGGCAACCAGGCGUCUCACACACAGAUUUCGAACAAGUUGAAGAACUGGCAAUUUUGUAUCCAGCUUCAUUGGUUUUACUUGAUGGUUUCAGCUUGUAUCAGUCUCUGAGAGGAUGUAGAAACCAACUAGCUAGAGCUCAGGCAAGUGGAACUGGGGAGAGCAUUAAACCACCUCCUCUUGCUUACAAGAAAUGGAACCUGAAAAGACAAAGAAAUAUCACAGACAUUGCCUCUUGUGGCAUGGUGACUUCAAGUUUGUUUGAUCAUCUCAAGACUGCUUCAUUCAUGGGUGGCUGUGAUACGAGCAUUCGAUCUACGCCACCAGCAAUGUCACAGUUCAUGACAUCUGGAACUGAUCCUUUUAUUGGAGUAUAUUCUGCUCUUGAAGGCGUAACACCACCGCUCAUAUCAGAAGUUGCUUUUGAAGUUGCAACAAAGCUGACUUCUGCUGUCUUGUCAAAGUUAUCAGUUGCAAGCGAUUGGUUUGGUUGGACUGGAAGCAAACCUGAUGCAAAACAAAGCCAAGAUGAUUCUAAAAAUAAACCAAAGGUGGAAAAAGGAACAUCGCUUCCUCUAAGGUUCAGUAUAUCAGAUCAAAGACGGGAAGGUAUGUCAAUCACACUGUCACCUGAUGGAAGACUGGCAGCCACCACAGAUGAAUUUGGACGUGUGAUGUUAAUCAGUGUUAAGGAGGGGAUUGUUUUACGAACUUGGAAAGGAUAUCGUGAUGCAGAAUGCGCGUGGGUACCAGUGCUGGAAGAUCAUCAUGAUGAUAGCUCAGGUCUUACAAAAUCACGACGCACAGCAUUAUUUCUUAUCAUUUACGCCCCAAGGAGAGGCAUUCUUGAGGUAUGGACAACAGAGUUUGGACCAAGGGCAGCGGCAUUCAAUGUUGGGCGGGAUAGCAGAUUUUUGUACAUUGGUCAUCAUAUACUUGGCUUAAGUCAUGUGAUGAGUCAGUCCAAUGAUGUCAGCGGCAAUCCUCUACGUUGUGUACUACUUCAAGCAAGCGGGAAUCUUAAAAUUCUGACAGUCCCAUUUCAUUGUGCCUUGAGUGACAAAUACAGCAGACGUGUAAGAGAUCUUCAUCUUCUCAAGAAACUUUCUGCCGCUUUAGAUCAUGUCAAACAGGAAGUUUUAAAAGGCAGAGCUCUGGAGAAGAUACAAACCACAGUAUUGGAGAUCCUGACCUCUAUCCAAGUUCCUGUAUUACUACAACAGGGUCUUCAGUGUGUUCUGUCAACGGUUGGGCUUCCCGUUAGUUUGCUAGAGAAAGCUGUCUCAUCUGUAUCCCAAAAUAUAUCCAAAAAACCAAACGUGAGUGACGAUCAUGAACACGAGGAUGAUUGCGAUAUUCAGGCCUUGGUUGAGUUCACAAAGGUACAAGGUCAAAUCAUUAACACUUUUAUGAGCUUGUGUCAAGAGAAGAAAAAUACCCGAAGCAAGGAAGGUGCGAAUGAUUUCAAAGAUGGUGAAGAGAAAGUCAAGUGGCUGGUAUCAUCUUUCACUCUGUCAACAUCCGAGGCUAAUGUUCUGCUAAGAUCCCUUGAAUCCUACUGGAAGCUUGUUUCUACGACACGGAAUGCUACGGAGAGAUCAAAUGGCUCGACUGAAAUGACAAUUACAAAGUUUUUAAGUUGUUUCGAAGUGGUGGCAGUGUCUAAAAAGAAAGACGGAAAUGCGACAACGUCGUCCAGUUUAGAUGAACACUCACUUCGCGUGAGGAAGAAUUUAUCUUCGGAAACACUCGCAAAGUUUGGAGAUUUUCUAUACGACGACGCGUUCACUGGCUCGUUAUCCGUCGAGAAAUUAUGUUUAAUUCUUGAUAGCUCGAGUAUUCUACCUACAGAUUUAUUGGACCUGCUGAUGUCGUAUUGGUUGUCACAAGAAAGGGCAGAUUUGAUGAAUCUCUCUGGACUGUGUUCGCUCCACAAUCUUAUCUCCUCGCUGAGCUCAUUGAAAGCCAUUCAGAGCGGAGCAAAUGAGGAUCAUUGUCCAAUCACAGCAUGGUGGGAGAAGUUACGUCAUCAGUUAGCUGAGUCUGCAGUUACAUUUCAAACAUUGUCAGCAGCAGUCUGCUGUCGAAGUGUUGUCUUGGAGAAGCAAGUUGCUGCAAAGAAGCUUGAGAGUGACGGCGACCAUCAGACGGAAAACGCUGAUUGGGUCUCGGUGUCGCUGGAAAUGGAACGGUGGAACUUACUUGUCAACCAGCUUGAAGAUAUCUUAAAUGUUGCUGUGUUUUGCUUAUCGUUAGAAAAUGGUAGCCACUCCCAGCAGGAAGAACAUUAUCGAGACUUAAGUAAAUGUCUGGAACUUCUUUCAACUGUGAACGUAUUGAAUAUCCUAGAUCGUGGCCAGUCAGGAAUACCAGAGAUUGUUGCAAAAUGUGUGGCCAGGAAUGAUAUUUCUCCAGAUAGUCUGGGUCAGCGGCGGGUGAGGAAAAUUUCUCGUUCAAAAUCAUCCAACGACGAUGAUCGACCUGAAGAAACAAUCGAGGAACCAAGCUCUGAUCCAUUGUUAGAAGGUUUGCCCGAAUUGCGAAAACGCUUUCCCCACAGUUUGGCUCAAGAUGUAUUGUGGGCUCAUUGCGUUCAGGAAUAUCUAAACCAGUGGUUGGCAGACAAAGAGCGUCCUGACGUUUUACAAAGAGCGUUGAAUCAUGCGGCGUGUAUUAAUGACCAGAGUUUACAACAUGGAUUAUGUGUUUUCAUGUGGCGAAAGGUUCAGGAUUCUGUCUCAGCGCUCACCGCCUUGACUGAAAAGGUUGGAAAAGCCCCUAAAGAACGACUCUGUCUCAAGACGGUUCGAAUGGGCUGCACGACGCUGACAGAGUUUUUGAAAUUCACCAGAUCGAUUCUGCAGUUCUUAGCUGAGAUUUCAGAUGAAAAUUUUGAUCAAGAUUACCAGAAGAUCACAUUUGAGGUAGAAGAUCAUUGGCAAACAGGAGAAGUUUUACCAUCGACUUUCCUUCAAGAGGCGAUAGCAAUUGCUCGAAGUAACCAGGAAUUAGUCGCUCUUCAUUACUGGUUCGUGUCUGUAUUGUGGCUCAUCAUGGGACUGGGCAUGAAAAGUGUGAAGCCACUGUGUCUUCUUAGUAGCAAGGAAAAGAAAAUGGUUUUUAAGAAGUUGAGUUCUUCGUACGAAAUAUCAGAGACGGAAGCGGCAGUUUUUGAAGAUCGAGAGACGUAUUUCAACAAAACUAUACUUGCUCUUGUUCAAUUGGUUUCCACCGAAACCUCCCCACCAAUGAGCAAUCAGAAUCUGAGGGAGACGGCAGCUGAUUGGUCCUCAGUGAUAUAUCAACUUGCCGAACAAGUCGGCGUAAAUAUUGAGCCUUUGAGAGAGAAUUACGUGUGUGAACUAUGCGCUGUUGGUUUGCAUAAGUUAGCACAAGAGGCGUUUCUCACUGUGCGUGAAAAGAAGAAUCUUAGUUCAAAGGUCUUGGGUAUCGUUGGGCAAAGAUUUGCUGAAUAUUUGUUUGAAUGUAAAGACCCUGGUGAAACAGCAAGAAUACUGUCCGGAUUACCAGUAUCUGUUAGUACAUGGUUAAGAAAACAGGAGCGUGGCAAACUUCGCAAGAAAGCCGUAUCUUUACAAGGACUGAGCGAACUGCUGUCAGCGAUUCUUAACGGAUUAUCAGACAAUCCUAAAGAACAUGAGAUCGUGACUAAUCUCAUUGAGAUAUUGAAAUGCUUGUCCUAGGUAAGUCACGCUAUUUCAUCAGAGGUAUUACGACAUUUUUGGCUCCAGUAAAGUGGAAGAAAUCUCGAGGACGCGAAAUUACCUUUUCCGGAAUAUUCUAAUAUCUGGGUCCAAUGUUCACCGAACCUAGACAGUCUUAUAUUAUGACACAUGAACAGUUUUGCGGUUUGAGGUUGGAGAUAUUCAAAGACAAAGACAAAUUCUUAGACGUUUGAGAGACCCACAGGAAUUAGCGGUCUGAUCUUAGCAAUCGUGAACUAACAGGAAAGUUAGUGUUGUGACGACAGGUCUUGAUGGCUUUUGGGACCGUGACAAAACCGCUCUUCCGUGCUGAUCAACCCGGUGCACAGUUUCCGCCAGGAAAUGACCACAUGCUAAGCACGUGCGUCGGCACAAUAGACGUGGUUUGUUUUGAAAGGAGGUCUAUAAACCUUGAUUUAAAUAAAAAAGUUUGCUUAAAGCUUAGGCGACUUUGAAACUGCGGUGAAUUAAACGGCGAAUACUUUACAAGGUUUCAAUAUACUGGCAUCAAGUGCUGACAAUUCUUCUCCAAAGUUCCCAUCAAAGUAAUCAUAAGCCAAUAAUUAGGGAGUCGAGAAAUUUAUAUAUAGAAAAAACAUUUAUAUCAAUUCCUAUACUUCCUGUUCUACGCCAUCUAUGUCUUGGUAUGCUUGCAAUUCAUUAGCUUAGCUUUCCUUUGCAAAUAUCUUAUGUUAUGUUGCAGCUAAUAUGUUCCUAACAUUGAAGUAGAUUGUCGAAGUAGGUUCCCCAGGCAACCCUUGCCGACUGUCCUUGCCAAUUUAUCAUUAACAAUAUGAUUUGCUACUAAAUGAUCCGUGCAAGUGCAAAUAUAUUACAAC